AUGGCCACCACGAACAACCCCAGCACUGGUGGGAAAACAUUGCCCCAAAUACAGAAGGAACAGACUCCGCGCACUGAAGAUUACCCGCGACGGCCUGGGAAACAGCCCAUGGCUGACCAGGGCCCAGAGGAAGGGAGUGCUUCCUCUGAUUCUCAGGGACCGCCUGCUCCCAGGCCCGAUGAGGAUCUCUACUAUAAUCCAGAGAGAUACAUUCCUAUUAUUGAACUGGAGAAUCGACAAGUGAGCCAACAAUUGGCAGAAGCUACAAGGCGCAACGAAGAGUUGGCCAGACAAGCUGCUGAGGUCCAGGCACCACCCCGGAGGACAAGAGGACGUCCCCGAGGGAGCACGGAUGCCAGGAGAGCUGAGCAAGGGGACCAGCAGGCUCAGCUGAGGCCGAGAACUAAUACUGGUGAUGAACACCCCAGGAGAAACAAUCGAACUGAGGCAACUGACAAUCCUACUGCAGAGCUAUCUACGGGAACAAGGAAUAACCGAGCUCCUCAUGCAGCUCGGAACCCUAACCCAGAACCAGUCAUGAACAAUCCGGAACCUGUUCGAGCCAGUUCUCGACCAUCCAGAUCCAAUAAUGGGAGGCCACCACCAUCACAUAUAAGACAUCCACCCUCUCCAAUAAGACACCCCUCACCGGUCCAAGAGGCACCACGACUAGUUCCUCAAAGGAAUUAG